UCGGUUAAUGUAAUUGAUUAAUUAUUCUUUUUUGUUUUCUGGAAAAACGGUUCCUUUUUUUUUUUUAAAUUUACCGUGAAGCGAAACAUGGUGUAGUAAGAAAAAUAAAGUAUCGUGUGAAUUUUUUUUAUUUAUAAAACAAUAAUUUCUUUUUCUUAAAAUAACUCAUCAUCUCUGUGACGUAUGUUUAUUAUUGUCUGCAGUGUGAAAAUAAAUGAUUGAAAUAUUAUAAAAGUUUGUACAGUGAUUAUAUAUUGAAAAUACUAUGAGAAUGACUAACGUUUUGACGAGCAGUGUUGAUUUAGUGCGAAUAAGAAAUAAUUUAUCGCGAAAAACGAUCGAUUGUUUUGUAGCUCACAUCAACUCUUGGAGUUAAUUUUGACCAAUAGAAAAUAGCGCGGGAUCGAUGAUGAUUUUGAAUUUCACCCAUUUUCGUCUGGUAUAUAACUAAGUUGUUGCCGGCUGUUUCCUAGGUAUACCUUCGACUAGUUCGAAGUUAUAUUCCCAUAGGACCAUCACACCACACAUUCUACUACAUACAACCUCCACACACAUAUACAUUUAUAUAAAUCCAUAUAAAAGCGAUCGUAAUUCUCCGAAGUAAAUCCUUAACGACGCAGCAUUAGUUCGCAUUGAGACAGUUCUUUGUUGAAUUAGGAGAGAUAAGUUUUAAAGAAAAAGGAAGACAGAUAUUAUAUACUGUAACUCGGUCGUUCGAAAUCUCGUUGGAAAUCUUAAAAAAGGGGACUUGCGACCAACCAGAAGGAGUGAAGAAUUUCGAAGAAAAAGAAAGAAAAAAAAAACCGGAGAAAAUAAAAUCACGAUCGUUAGUUAAUUUUUUGUUUUUAUACGAGUAAUUAUGAUCACUGAAAUAUCAGAAAUUUAUCAAAAUCAUCCGACUUUUGAAUUAUCGAAGGUUUUAUGUGAACAUGAGAACCCAAGAAAAAAUUUGAAGAUCUCGAUCGUCGGAGAUUUUUCAAAUGAACAAUAAGUAAUCCGAAUUUUCACGAGGAUAGAGAUGAGAACGUGAAAAAUCUAACGUGAAGUUAGGUACGAUAAAUAAAAAGAAAAAAAGGAAAAUAAAAUAUAAAUAUAAAUAUAUAAAAUAAAGUUAUAGUUGAGACGUGAGGAAUGAUUUUCACCGGAAGAUCGGUUGACGCUCUCGACGAGGUACGCGGUAGUAGCGUCGUCGUCCAGAACGACGAGCGUCGCGACGUUAAAGCCGUCGCUAUAGCAGCCGGCUGGUUUUCCAGUUUGCGCAGACCCGGCAAGAGGAACAAGAGGUCCUGCCAAAAGCAGGCUAAGAGUGCUUGGGAUCUUACUACUUUAUCUACGCAAUUGAAAGAUGAACUUGGCGAGGUCGUGGCUGAGAUGGAGGCGAUGGAGGGCGGAGGUCUCGUUGCAAACGAGACGAAACCGACGAACAAGGCAAAACAGACGUCGAUCGGACGCAAAAAGUUCAACAUGGACCCGAAGAAGGGCAUCGAGUACCUGAUCGAGCACAACCUGUUAGCACCAACACCAGAGGAUGUUGCUCAGUUCCUUUACAAGGGCGAGGGCCUGAACAAGACAGCGAUCGGCGAUUAUCUUGGAGAACGUCACGAUUUCAACGAGCGCGUAUUACGUGCUUUCGUCGAACUUCAUGAUUUUACCGAUUUGAUAUUGGUCCAGGCAUUAAGACAAUUCCUCUGGUCCUUUCGUUUACCUGGCGAGGCACAAAAAAUAGAUCGGAUGAUGGAAUGUUUCGCACAGAGAUACUGUCAGCUAAAUCCAAAUAUAUUCACUAAUACCGACACCUGUUACGUUCUCAGCUUCGCCAUUAUCAUGUUGAACACGUCGCUUCAUAAUCCAAGCGUUAAGGAUAAGCCCAGCGUAGAACAGUUUAUAUCCAUGAAUCGUGGUAUCAACAAUGGCGGCGAUCUACCGCGAGAAUUACUCGUGAGUCUCUACGAAAGUAUAAAAACGGAACCAUUCAAGAUCCCGGAAGACGAUGGCAACGAUUUGAUGCACACCUUCUUUAACCCCGAUAAGGAAGGCUGGCUUUGGAAGCAAGCAGGUGGACGUUAUAAAAGCUGGAAAAGACGGUGGUUCAUUCUUAACGACAAUUGCCUAUAUUAUUUUGAAUAUACGACGGACAAGGAACCACGCGGGAUCAUUCCGUUAGAAAACAUACAAGUUAGAGAAGUACAAGAUCGACACAAACCUCACUGCUUUGAACUUUAUGCAGCUGGAUCAGAAUUUAUUAAAGCAUGUAAAACCGAUAGCGAAGGAAAGGUUGUCGAAGGCAAGCACACGGUGUACAGAAUGUCUGCAGCAACAGAUGAGGAGAAAGAUGAGUGGAUCAAAUGUGUACGGCAAAGUAUAUCACACAAUCCAUUUUACGACAUGCUAGCCGCAAGAAAGAAAAAGGCACAAAAGACAAACGUUUAUUCGAAAAGUUAAAUAAUGCUUAGAGAAUAGAGUUUCUAAAAAAAACUCGAUUGACAUGAAAGACUGUACUUGGAUCUCAAAGAUAACUUUGGAGAGAUUCUAGAACACGAUCAGAAAAAUAUCUGAUCGUUUAGAAGCAUCAGUAGGAUGUAUUACAACAGUGAACAAAAAUAAAACAGACAAGGUACUGAUACGUGUAUAUAAAUACGUAUAUACACAUAUAUACACAAAUAUAUAUAUAAAGACACUGAUCAAAAUAGUAAUUCGACGUAUUUGAAAAUGAAAAUGAAAAUGAAAAAAAAAAAAAACGAUGUUUCUCCAAAAGGAAGAAAAGAAGAGGAAUAGUUUGUCCGAAGAUUGGUCGAUUAUCGGCGGUUCCUUACCAUGAAGAGAUUUUCCUAAAGUAGCCUAUCAUGCUGCUAGCAACGACAACGACAACGAACAUCGACGUUGAAGUUAAUUAAACCGAGAAAUAAAAAGAGCUAUGAAUUACCUUAUUGUAUUCUUAUACUGAGUUUCUUUAUUUUCUUCUUUUUCAUUAUUUAAGGUGCAAAAGAAAAACUUCAUAUAAAUGUUUGACUUUUUCUUAUAAAAUUCAGUUGAAUACAAAAAGUAUGUAAAAAGUAGCAAUGGCUCUUGACUAAACAACUAAUCUCGACAAAAUCUAAAGUGGAAAAGAGUGAAAUCUUAUCUACUUUUCUGGCAGCUAUAAGAAGCAUUUAUUAUCAUCUGAACAAGGCUCUAAACGAUCGUUCAACAAGAGAAUAAGAAAAAACGAAAAAAAGAGAUAUAUGGAUAAAAAGAAGUAAAGAAAGAAGGAUGGAUAAAGAGAGACUAUGUAAAGGGUGUGAGAUUAUUUAUCUUGUAAAUGUCCUUCUUGUAAUAAUGUAUCACGUGUGUCAUCUCCAUUGAGAGCUGUGAGAACUUUGAUGAUUUGUCAUUAAAAAAUUGUCUACAGAAGGAUCAAGGCAUAUAUAUAUAUAUAUAUAUGCAUAUAUAUACGUGUAUAUGCGUAUAUAUACGUAAAACAAUAACAACAAGAACAGUAUCCUUGUUGAAAUUUGAAGAGAGACAAGAAAUAAAAAAAAAAAAUAUAUAUAUAUAUAUAUAUAUGUGUGUGUAGAAGUUUAAGGAGCGUGUAUAUCAAUGUGAUAGUUGUGUAUUUAUUUGAACAAAUGUGAAUAGAUAAGAGAACUUUAGCUAGCUUUAUAAGCGUUUCCAAUGAUGCGUCAUGAAACUUUCCUAGAAUCUAUAGACUGUACAUUAUUGUACAGUUAAUAAGUAUGGCAUAAUGGCCAAUUAUGACUUGAAAUUAGAAUGUUCUUCAUUUGGAUAUGAAAUACAAAAUUAUAUGAAUAUAUAUAAAUAAUAUUCAUAGAUGUGUAUGCAUACAUAAACGUUUAUAUGCAUCUGUGGAUAUCAUAUUGAGUAUGGAAGUUACAAAAUAUAUAUAUAGCAUUAUGAAGUUAUUUCCAUACUUAAUAUUUAAGGUAUAUAUAUAUAAUGUAUUGCAAUAUAGUAGUUAUAUAUAUAUUAUCGUUAAGUAGUAAAUUCGAUGCAAAUUGAAAAUUCAAAACGUCUGCAUACCCCGUUUUUACAACAAAUAAACAAACAAAAAUAAUAAUAAGAAGAAAAAAAAGAAGAUAGAACUUUUCUUGAAGAUUAAUAUCAUCACCAUCGUCAUCAUUGUUAUAUUAUCAUUAAUUAUUAUUUUUUUUUUAUUAUUAUUAUUACUAUUAUUAUUAUUAUUAUUAUUCAUAAUGUGUGCGUAAUUCGAAUCUUCAAUCAUCAUAAUUAUCAUUCGAAAGUUUUCUAAAUCAGAGUUUUGUGUAAUUGACAAAUCGCUUGUUUAAUUGAAAUCAAAGGAGGAGUAGAAUGACAUAUCGUUUAAAUUCGAAGAAUUUAAUUGAAUGCGCAAAUUGGAAUUUAUUUUGUAUUCUUAACAAGUGAAUCUAUCGAUUGGAGAAUGCAGGUGCCUUUAAAAUCUUUCCCCUCAAAGCUAGUCAUAUAUAACUACAGCGAUCAGCCAUAUUAUAGAGAAACGACGAUAUUACACACACAACAACAAGAAUAAAUAAAAAAAAAUUAGUAGUGAGAAAGAAAGAAAAAAAAAGAAAAAAGAGAGAGAGAGAGAGAAGUACCUUUUUUUGCUCUAUACAAGGAAAUAUUGGACAUCGAAGACGCCUUAUUACAAUACAUUUAAUUAAUAAACGAAGAAAUAUAAUUGCAGUAGAAU